AAAAAAAUAAAAAUUUAUAUAGCAAACAACGAACAAACGAGAAACAAAAACCCCUAACCCAAAAUUCCUUCACUCCCUCUUAUUGCAGUGGUACAAUUCUACUGUAAAAUAUACGUACAUAUAAGAGGACAUGACUUGCUUUCCAGCAUUAUAAUAACACUGGAAAAAGGGAAAGGAAUAACAGGGACUCCUCUGCAUCUCCUUCGCCUAUCUGCCGCUACACGGCCACCAAAAAUCUGUUUUGUCCGAAAUUAGAAGAGCUAAGAUAUUUACAUAAAAUGGCGGCGAGUGCCUCGUGGCAGCCACAAGAAGAAGGGUUAAAGGAGAUCUGUGGGCUGUUGGAGCACCAGAUUUCUCCCUUUUCAUCUGCUGACAAGUCCCAGAUUUUGCAGCAACUCCAACACUACUCUCAAUUCCCCGAUUUCAACAAUUACCUCGUUUUUAUUCUUGCUCGCGCUGAGGGUAAAUCUGUGGAAAUUCGACAAGCUGCUGGCCUGCUGCUGAAAAACAACCUCAGAAAUGCAUAUAAAUCAAUUACUCCUGUACACCAACAAUAUAUAAAGUCUGAGUUGUUGCCUUGUUUAGGGGCUGCAGACAGGCAUAUAAGGUCCACUGUUGGGACCAUUAUAAGUGUUGUUGUUCAAAUAGGCGGAAUUUCUGGGUGGCCUGAGCUGUUGCAGGCUCUUGUCACUUGCUUAGACAGUAAUGAUGUAAAUCACAUGGAAGGCGCUAUGGAUGCUUUGUCAAAGAUCUGUGAGGAUGUCCCUCAAGUUUUGGAUUCUGAAGUGCCUGGGUUACCUGAUCGCCCCAUCAAGAUAUUUCUUCCUCGAUUUUAUCAUUUUUUCCAGUCACCACACAGUUCACUGAGAAAGCUUGCGUUGGCUUCUGUAAAUGAAUACAUUAUGCUAAUGCCUGCUGCUUUAUAUGCAUCAAUGAAUCAAUAUCUUCAAGGUUUAUUUGCUCUUGCUCAUGAUCCUGCUGCAGACGUGCGGAAAUUGGUUUGUGCAGCUUUUGCUCAGUUAGUUGAAGUCCGUCCAUCUUUCUUAGAGCCACAUUUGAGAGAGGUUAUCGAAUAUAUUUUGAAAGUCAACAAGGAUGGUGAUGAAGAAGUUGCUCUUGAAGCCUGUGAAUUCUGGUCUGCAUACUGUGAUGCUCAGUUACCACCUGAGAACUUGAGAGAAUUCUUGCCCCGUCUAAUCCCAAUUUUGUUGUCAAACAUGGUUUAUGCUGAUGAUGAUGAGUCACUUGCUGAAGCUGAGGAGGACGAGUCUCUUCCAGAUCGUGAUCAGGAUCUGAAACCUCGUUUUCAUUCAUCCCGACUUCAUGGAUCAGAUAGUGUGGAUGAUGAUGAUGAUGACAUAGUUAACAUAUGGAAUUUAAGGAAAUGCAGUGCAGCUGCUCUUGAUAUGCUAUCAAAUGUGUUUGGGGAUGAGAUUCUUCCUACACUGAUGCCUGUCGUUCAGGGCAAGUUGUCUGCUACUGGUGAUGAAGCUUGGAAAGACAGGGAAGCAGCUGUUUUGGCUCUUGGUGCAGUAGCUGAGGGUUGCAUUAAUGGUCUUUAUCCUCAUCUGUCUCAGAUUGUGGAAUUCCUUAUCCCCCUAUUAGAUGAUAAGUAUCCUCUAAUCCGGAGUAUUUCAUGCUGGACACUUUCUCGAUUCAGCAAGUACAUUGUUCAGGAAAGUUGCCAUGAACAAGGUUAUGAAAAAUUUGACAAAGUUCUCAUGGGUCUUUUACGAAGAAUAUUGGAUACUAACAAGAGGGUCCAGGAGGCUGCUUGUUCAGCUUUUGCAACACUAGAAGAGGAGGCUGCUGAAGAGUUGGCACCACGUUUAGAUGUUAUUCUCCAGCAUCUCAUGUGUGCUUUUGGGAAAUAUCAGAGACGGAAUCUCAGAAUUGUAUAUGAUGCUAUUGGAACUCUAGCAGAUGCUGUUGGAGCAGAACUGAAUCGGCCUUCUUAUCUUGAAAUUCUGAUGCCACCGUUGAUCGGAAAGUGGCAGCAGCUUUCAAAUUCAGAUAAAGAUCUCUUUCCAUUGCUUGAGUGUUUUACAUCCAUAGCACAGGCACUGGGUCCAGGUUUCUCUCAAUUUGCUGAGCCUGUAUUUCAGAGGUGUAUAAGCAUCAUUCAGAGCCAACAGUUGGCAAAGGUUGAUGCUGUUUCAGCUGGAGUUCCAUAUGAUAAGGAGUUUAUUGUCUGCUCUCUGGACCUCCUCUCUGGACUUGCUGAGGGUCUUGGUAGUGGGAUAGAGAGUUUGGUUUCACAAAGUAGUUUAAGGGAUCUGCUGCUGCAAUGUUGCAUGGAUGAUGCUUCUGAUGUUCGACAAAGUGCCUUUGCACUCCUAGGUGACCUUGCAAGAGUGUGUGCUGUUCAUUUGCACCCUCGAUUGCCUGAAUUUCUUGAUGUUGCAGCCAAGCAACUGAACACUCCUAAGCUCAAGGAAACUGUGUCAGUAGCGAAUAAUGCUUGUUGGGCUAUUGGAGAAUUAGCAGUUAAGGUUCGUCAAGAAAUUUCUCCUGUUGUUAUGACUGUUAUAUCAUGCUUAGUUCCAAUCCUUCAACAUUCAGAGGAGCUAAACAAAUCCCUCAUGGAAAAUAGUGCAAUCACACUUGGGAGGCUUGCAUGGGUUUGUCCUGAGCUCGUAUCACCCCACAUGGAGCAUUUCAUGCAAUCAUGGUGCAUUGCUUUGUCUAUGAUUCGUGAUGACGUUGAAAAGGAGGAUGCUUUCCGAGGCCUAUGUGCAAUGGUCCGAGCGAAUCCUUCAGGAGGUUUAAGUUCACUUGUUUUCAUGUGCAAAGCUAUUGCAAGUUGGCAUGAAAUAAGGAGUGAAGAGCUACACAAUGAAGUUUGCCAGGUGCUGCAUGGCUAUAAACAGAUGCUUAGGAAUGGAGCAUGGGACCAGUAUAUGUCUGCCUUGGAGCCCCCAGUGAAAGAGAAGCUUUCAAAAUAUCAAGUAUAAUACCAUUAGGGUUUCUCUGCUGUAACUUUUCCACAAUUUAUGGGUCUUUGUGCUAUCUGCAUCAGCCAUGAUAAUCAUUUUGUGCGUUGUCCUAUAUGAUUGGAGCCACAAGUCAUUCAGCUGCAGACCAAGAUUUGGUCACAAUUUUUUCAUGCAAAGCAUUGGUAUUGCCAUAACAUGAAAGCUUGAAGCUAAUUCUACCUGUUUUUGGAGGGAUUAAUUGUCCGUAUAGCAUAUGGAAAAAAGAAAAAUUUUAGAAAAUUGGAAUUUGGGAUCGAUGAGAAGGGGGUGCAGCUUCCAAGCUUUAGAGGGAUUUUUUUCAUGUUUUGUUCGAGAGGAUGGCUAAUAAUGGUAGCAUUCACUUUUUCAAUUCUUUCUCCUUUUUCAGUCUUUUCUUUUCCCAGUUUCAGUGGAUAGGUUUUUGUUUGAUUUCCACAGAUAUUUUGUACAAUGGGUUUUUGACAUCGAUUUGAUUAUUCUUGGAAGGGUUUGUAACUAAUAGACUAGGAUAAAUGUAGUCAUCUUCUUUUCAUAAGGGAUUCAGAUUGGUAUUGUGUGGAAAAAAUUAUGUAUAAUGUAAUCUGUGUAUCUUAUUGGCCUUAGGGAGUGCUAAUGAAUCGAACCAAGCCUGAGUUUUGAAGAAGUUGAGGCUUGGCUCAUCUGUUUUUAUUGAGCUCAA